AUGUUUGACGUUGUAGCCGAUGUAGCUCGCUACAGUGAAUUUCUGCCUUUUUGUGUUGAAUCGCGCGUGCUGCGGACACCGAAUGAGAACGUAAUGGAAGCAGCUCUUCGUGUGGGCUUUAAGAUCUUUACAGAGUCCUACACAUCUCGCGUUUUCAUGAUCCGGCCUUCUAAAAUUGCGACAAAAGCGAUUGAUUCGCCAACAUUUAAACGAAUCGACAGCGAGUGGCUUUUCAAGCCCUGUGAUACGCCUGGAAGCUGCGAAGUGGACUUUAAAGUGACUUUUGAGGUCUCGUCGUUUUUGCACUCAAAUGCCAUCAAGCUUUUCUUCGAUGAUAUUGCUCGUACUCAACUUAAUGCGUUUAUUGGUCGUGCACGAAAGAUUUAUGGAACAUCACCACGACCAGAGUCCAAUAACUCUACAAAGGCAGAAAUUGCAACGCCAGCAGAAGAGUCUAAAGAGCAGACCAAGAAGAGCACAGACAACAAUGUCUUAAACACUGUAUCUGCCGUAUUGGAACCCGGGGAAAAAGCUGCAGAAGACUCAACAAAUUCAAGUGCAUCGCGUCAAAUAAAAGGAGGGAUCUCGGCUCAAACCUACAGUGAUUUGGCUGCUGUCUUUAACGAUUACGCAGAUAAAGACGGUAAACUUUAUUACGGAGGGUUCACAGCGGCUUGCAUGGCUUUAAGCGACGAGUACGAAGAUCUUAAAGACAUCAGUGAGAGUGCUGCACUAGCUGGAGCAGUAUUUUCGAGCUUUGAGACCCAUGCUACACCAAAAGAUUGGCUGUCGCUCGACGAAUUUGUGGUGGGUGUGUACCUGAUGACUAAAGGCACGUUUGAGCAGAAGGCGCAUAGCCUAUUUGAUAUUGUCAACAAAAGGGGGGAUGGCAAAAUUACCCGUGAGGAACUUACCCAAGCAAUGCAGCAACGAAUUCGCGCGGUAAAGAGGCUGUUUCCGAAGCUUUUGCGUGACCAAGUGCACCUCCAAAUGGUGAACGAGCAUGUGGAAAAACUUUCUACGGUCCAAGAUGCUGCUAUGGCGAGCAGUGUUGAGGCUAUUGAAAAGCUGAUGGAAGAGGUGGAGAACGACAUUCCUCUCGCCGUGAACCAGAUCUUUCGCGAAGUUGAUCUCGAUCAAGAUGACAAUAUUUGCGAGCACGAGUGGAUGUUCGCUUGGCAGGCACAUCCAGAGUUUGUGGAACUAUUGACAAUUGAUGGCAUGAAAAAAAUGGCACAGUGGGCCUCUGUUGUACAAGAAACGAGUGUUGGUAAUAAUGACGUUGAUGAAGACGGGAGUGCAUCUCGACAAAGUCUUGACACUAGGCUCACCUAUGUCGACUAA